GGCGUCACUUUAGCAUUACGCUGCCCUGAACGUUGUGUUCAGCCCAGGCAUGCCAACCAUGUAUCGGUUUUGUGCGGUAGUGUUACUUUUUCUAUCAUUUUUAUUUGAAUCGGCAGGUUCAAUUUCUUUUUAUUUACCCGUUAAUUCCCGAAAAUGUUUGCGGGAAGAGAUCCACAAAGACGUCCUUGUCACUGGGGAAUACGAAGUCGGCGAGCAGCCUAAUACGAAGACCAAUCUUAAGAUUACAGACUCCUCUGGCCACAUCUUGUACUCAAAAGAAGAUGCUUCGAAGGGGAAGUUUGCCUUCACCACAGAGGAUUAUGACAUGUUUGAAGUCUGCUUUGAGAGCAAGUUUCCAAUGGGAACUGGACGGGUUCCCGACCAGCUGGUCAAUUUGGACAUGAAGCACGGUGUGGAGGCUAAGAACUAUGAGGAGAUUGCCAAGGUUGAGAAGCUGAAGCCCCUGGAGGUGGAGCUGCGGAGGCUUGAAGACCUUUCCGAGUCCAUUGUCAACGAUUUCGCCUACAUGAAGAAGCGUGAAGAGGAGAUGAGGGACACGAAUGAGUCCACAAACACUCGUGUCCUGUACUUCAGCAUCUUCUCCAUGUGCUGUCUGAUUGGACUGGCCACCUGGCAGGUCUUCUACCUGCGCCGCUUCUUCAAAGCAAAGAAGCUCAUUGAGUAAGACUGCUGGCUUCAGCCAGGGAACAUGUCAGGGGCUUACCACCCGGUUCCUGUUCCACCACCACCACAUUCAGUUGACGGGUCAAAAGGGGACUGGUUCAGGUUUUUUUUUUGUGGAUGUUUGAACGACGUAAUGUAGUUUUUCUGAGGAAGGUUACACUUUUACCACUGAAAUACUUUUUUUUCCCUCCCACCCCCUCUCUUCAGUCAGUCUCACAAAUGAUUGGUGUCUGUUUAGUUUAAUGGUGAAUUUUGUUUUUGUAAAUAGACUUUAUAAUGGAGAUGAUUUCCGCCCCCCACCCCCCCCCCCCAACGCUGUAUAAGAAAGCAGUUAUGCUUCUUCCUCCAUCAUUCUGUUGACUUUUCAGUUCCAUUCCUUCUUUAAAGUGUUUCAUAAAAUACCUGAAAACCUGUAAUAAAACUUGGAAUGUUGUCAUUCAAAUCAAAGAACUAUGAGAUUUACAAAUGGGUCUGUAAGAUUCUCUUUAGAAUUGUAUAAGAAAUGUGUAAAUCUAUAGAUUACAUUUUUGUGUAAAAUGCAGCCUUUUGUUAUUUUAGCUGUGUUAAUAUAAGACCUUAUAUAUAUAUCGGUUAAAAAAGAGCUGUGCACAUACUUUGCCCCCUCAGUAUUGGUACAUUUGGUCUUUUGUUCUGCUGUGUUCAAACUGGGAUCUAGCCUGAAUCAAACCCAGGACUGUGCAUUUCAUGGCAGUCAAGCUCUAGAAAGCGGUGUUCAAAUUAUUAUUAUUAUUAUUUUUUUUGGGGGGGGGGGGGGGGGUAAAGUUUAAUAGUACUGAGUUUGAAUUAUGAACAUUCUCAUGAAGAGGACUUUUGGAGGACUUAUUUCAUUUGAAUAUAUUUUAACAAAUCAUGGGGAUAUUAAUAUAUGGUAGGCCUGAAGUGAUUUAUGUUCAUUAAGAUGUUUCUUUGCCAAUUGUUUUCAAUUAGUCCCCUCAAUACACACCUUCCAGCUACAGCUCUGUCAGCUGUGUGUUCUUUAAUCAUUUGUGUUUUAAACAUGCUGUAGUGAACCGUUAAACUUCAUUUAUUUUGACAAUUUUUACUAGAUGUCAUAGUGGUUUGGUUUUCUUUAAAGCUUGCUCAGCUUUCAUGUUCAUAAUACAUAAAAGCUUUUUUAUCUGGAAUUUGAAUAAAAAGGGUUUUGUGAAAGGUA